AAUUACUCACAUUGUAUAUCCUCCAAACUCAUUCAUUUCCCUUCGCUUAUAUAUAUCAUCUUUUCUUCUCCAUUUCUUUCGCUUUCAGAUCCAGAUAGUGGCGCAGCAGUGAAUAAUGUUAUUGGCGGUCCACCUGGUAGUACACCACCACCCUAUGCGUCCGAUGGUAAAAUGGUGAAUUCCCAAGGCGGUGGUGGUGGUGGUGGCGGCGGCGGUAGUGCAGGCGCUGGCGGUGUUUUACUCUCCGAGUUGCCAGAACCACCAAUACCGGUGUCCGAAAUUGGUCCAAUCCCACCGCCGCCUAUGUUUUCCACACCGAGUCCAACAUUGAUUGCUGGUCGGCCACAUGGGCCGGGUGCAAUGAAUGAUCAAGGUUAUCAGGAUUAUGAUUAUGAUGAUCAUGAACCUGACGAUGAUCAACUAGACUCCGAUGAGGAGUAUAUGUUCCAGUUGCGACAGCAACAACAAUCAUUACAUCCCAAUCAUGUCGAUACGCAGCGCAUUGAGGAAAUUCCAGCCAAAGAGCCAAAACCAAAUGCAGUUCCUCUCAAGUCGGCACUGAAGAAGAAGCCCGGCCAAACGUCCACGUCAUCGCCGGCCACACCCACACAGGAUCACAGCAAUGCCAAUGGCAAUGUGCAGCAAGGCGGUGGUGGUGGAGGUGUUGGUGGCAGUAGCGGUGGUAGUGGUGGUGGUGGUGGUGGUGGCGGUGCAGCCACAUCGGCUAGUCAGCGACCGCUGGUAGUGCGACAGGAUGCAACCAACAGUUAUUCGUUGAAGCCAAUACUACGACCACGGAUUAGAAUAUGCAGGCAGCAAGUGUUCAACAUCAAUCUGCCCUGCACCGUCGAGAAUAAGGAGAACACACGGCCGUUUGUGAUACGCGAGAGCAGCAGCGACAGCGAUGAGGGUGACGGGCGCAUACUCUAUCGCGACGAUGAGAAUGACCGACAAGCGAAAAUUGCGCGCAAGGAGUCACUAUCGCUGAAGUUGCAAUUGCGACCCGAUAAGCAGGAUUUAAUCAAUCGCAAUAUUCUGCAUCAGGUUACCGAUAAUGAGUUGAAGGAGUCAAAGGAGGCCAUUGGCGCACGACUCAUACGUCGACUGUCGAUGCGGCCCACAGCUGAAGAGCUGGUGGAGCGCAAUAUAUUAAAGACCCAAUCACCCGCCGAAGAGAAGAAACAAAAGGAGGAGAAGAAAUCUUAUUUGCUGCGAAAAUUGAGUUUCCGACCCACCGUCGAGGAGCUGAAAGAGAAGAAAAUUAUACGUUUCAACGAUUAUAUUGAGGUGACACAGGCGCACGACUACGAUCGGCGUGCGGACAAGCCAUGGACAAGACUGACGCCGAAAGAUAAGGCUGCCAUACGUAAGGAAUUAAAUGAAUUCAAAUCGUCGGAAAUGGCAGUGCACGAGGGUAGUCGGCAUUUGACAAGGUUCCAUCGGCCAUGACAAAUGCAAGGGCAGCAAACGACACUUGCAACAGCAGCCACGACAGCAGCAA